AUGGGAUUCUUUGAUCCGCUCGGACUGUUGUCGCCGUUCACCAUUCACGGCAAAAUAAUCAUCCAGCAUCUGUGGCGCUCCAAAUGUGACUGGGACGAAGAAAUCGACACAGAUUCCUGGGAUCUGUGGAAGCGGUGGACAAAACUGUUGCCGCAACUAGAGGAGAUCCGGAUCCCCCGAUGCUAUAUCGGCGGUGCGAGGUACGCCGAAGUUGAUUCGCUGGAAGUGCAUAUUUUCACCGAUGCCAGCGAACAUGGAUACGGCUGCAUCGCAUAUCUGCGAGCAGUAAUCCAAGGAGAAGUCCAUUGCAGUCUGGUAAUGUCGCGGGCAAAAGUGGCACCGAUAAAACGUCAGUCAAUUCCCCGUCUGGAGCUCAUGGGAGCUGUGCUAGGAGCCCGGAUGAGCCAAACCGUUCUGGGCACUCACACCUACGAUAUUAGCCGAACCGUUUUCUGGACUGAUUCCAGCACCGUGUGCAGCUGGCUCAAUUCCGACCAACACCGCUACAAGCAAUUCGUUGCUUUCCGGGUCGGAGAAAUCCAAGAACUGACGAAGGUGGCAGAUUGGCGAUGA